AGUGCAUUGCUCCUCACGGCCUCGUCGGCCCCGCCUCCCUCGCGCCGCGGAUCUGUAUGCGCCACUUUCCUGCCGUGCACUCGGGGCGGCGUGUUUCAAAGACGGCGGACUCUGCAAUGGAUGACGAGUGACGUGCAGAAAAUACAUCAUGAGACCGAGUGCGUGUUUGCUGGCAUCGACUUCGGUGAGCUAAGAUGGUCUGGCCAUGGACGGACACACACAAGACCCACACCACACACAAUCAUUAUGCGGCCACACACGUGUGUGUGCAUGUGUGCCGUGUCCAUUCAUUAAGGUACGAGUGGGUGUCGCAUCAGUGUGAUUGACGGGGAUGAGCGUGAGCUUUUCAGCGACAGCGUCAGGUGGCACCAGCUGGCUGCCUCUGCCUCAUCAUCCACACCUACGCGUCAACCCCACACGGACGGUGCGCUUGCCGCCGACCCGUCUUUGUGGCUGGCGGGGCUGCACCGCCUGAUGGCUGCCGUGCCGGUAGAGAUGAGGCGAUCCAUGCGGGCGAUAGCUGUCGAUGGCACAUCGGCCACGGUGCUCCUGGUGGACACCACCACCGGCAAAGUCACCAGGUCGGUCAGAUCAAACAAAACAAGCCCAAGAGACAGACAUACCAACACGGACGCACCCAUCUCUCUCUCCCGGUUUUCCCACUUGCAGAGGGUGCCGUUUGUAUAAUUGGAGUGCACUGGAUGAGGAUGAGGAUGAGGCGCCAGCAGAAGGCCCGCGUGCAUGGGCGAUGGCCAAGGCCGUCAGCCCCCCCGGCAGCCCCGCCUGCUCCCCCACCUCGAGCUUCGUCAAGUGCCUCACAUGGCUGCUGGAGAGACCGCUCGACGCCGACGAAAAGUCGGUAUGACGAAGGAAUAGAUAGAUAAGAGAGGGAGGGAGGGAGGGAGGUCAGGGGGCCGCAAAUGAGAUCAAUGGUGUGUUUGUUUGUGUGUUUGUGUUUUGAGCAGGAUAGCUCAUCAGUGUGACUUUGUCUUGGCGUAUCUUCGGAGCUCUGAGGAGGGCGGGCCGAUGGAGGUCGUCACGGAUUGGAACAACGCCUUGAAAAUCGGUGGGCUGGGCGGCUACACGGCAAGAAAGAACCAACCCAGCCAAACAGACAAGACACACACAUCCUUUCUGUCUGUCUGCCUGCCGGCCGUCUUGCCAGGCUAUGACUGCGAGACUCUCAGCUACCCUCCCUGGCUGAAGGGGCAUCGGACAGCCGCAGAUCCUUCAAUGAGGGCCACACUCGAGAGCCUCUUUGAUGCCCUCCCUCCUGUGGUGGCGCCGGGCGAGGUGUUGGGCCAUGUGGCGGCGGGCAGAGUCGAGCAGUGGUCUCUGCCUGCCGACUGCAGGGUGGUCAGCGGCACUACUGACAGCAUCGCGGCCUUUCUUGCUGCUGGUAGGUGUGUGGGUGUCUUUGCGUGUCUUUGACUGGCAGGGAGGUGUGUUCGUGUGUGUAUGUGUGCAGGGGCGAGUCGCGUUGGGGAUGCGGUGACGACCCUGGGCAGCACCUUGGCCAUCAAGCUGCUCACACCUGACCCUGUCGAGGACGCACAGGCCGGCGUAUACAGGUGAGUGAGGUGAGUGCGGCACACACAGACUGAAUGCCGACCGUUCGUGUGUGUGUUCCAGCCACAGGAUUCCCCUGUCCGUGUUGCCGCCUGGCGAUAGGAGCAGCAGCGAUCCAACGACCACCGAUCGGUGCUUCCUGGCUGGCGGUGCGAGCAACGUGGGAUGCGCUGUGUUGGUGGACGAGGGCUUUUCAGACGAUGAGCUGAGACAGCUCUCUGCACAGAUCGACCCCGAAACCGACUCGCCCCUCGACUACUACCCCAUGAGAGGUAGUAGGUACACGGCCACACACACAGAGGACUCCACCACAGCUCUGCUGUACGUGUCUCUGCAGGUGUUGGCGAGCGAUUCCCGUUCAACGAUCCCCAUCGUGUGGGCCGCCUGCAGCCAAAACCAGGCACCAGGAAGGAGUACCUCCACGGCAUCCUCCAGGCAAGCAACACGUCGAACGCCACACAAUAAUUAAAUGAACCCACCCAUCCUCCAUCCGCUCACGUGUACAGGGCAUUGCCUCAGUGGAAGUGGCGGGCUACGCGAAGCUGAAGAAACUGGGCGGCGCGCCAAAGGCAGCGGUGCGGCGUGUCUUCACUGCUGGCGGCGGGGCGCAGAACGACGUGUGGCGGCGGAUGCGAGAGCGGAUGCUGGGGGUGCCUGUGAUCAGGUCGGAGCACACGGACUCUGCAUAUGGCGCUGCGCUUCUCGCCAAGAGGGCCCUUGACCGGCUGAGUGACUGACUCACUGACUGACUCACUGACUGACUCACUGAGCUGGCUGGUCGAAAGAUUGAUGCCCAACCUCAGAA